UCCCACCGCCCCAAAUUCCCCAAUAUAAACCUCACCUGUAUCCAUCCCCACUCAAUCAGACAUCAAAUCUCAGCCCAGCUCAGCUCAACUCACCCCAACAAAUCAACCAAAUCCAUUCUGACAACCAUGGCGGCGCACAUGAAGGUGGUGCACAGGGACCCGGAGGGCCACAAGGUGGUGUCCGAGGAGCCGGUCCCGGGGGAGCUCCGGCGCUCGUCGGCGCCGCCCACGGCGCACAUGCGGGUGGUGCACCGGGACGAGGAAGGCCACAAGGUGAACGAGAAGGUGCCGAUCCCGGACACGCGGCGCCUGGACACGGCGAAGCACUUCGAGCGCAAGUUCGAGGACAAAGGGCUGCACCGGCUCGAGCGGCACCCGGCCAACGCGCCCGCCCGCGUCGGCAUCGGCGCGCCACCGCCAAAGUCCGGACGCGGCGGCAAGUUCACCUGGGAAGGGCCUGGCGGGAUCGUGGGGAACGAGCUUGAUCCUGUCCCUGCCGCGAUUGAUCGGAAUGAUCCGAAUUAUGUCGACCCGGAGGAGGAGGAGCAGCAGGAACAGGGGGAGGGUGAGGAAGUGGUCGUUGGGGAAGUGGAGGUGGCUAAGGUGGCUCAGCUUGGCAGGGCCGGCGUUGCUCGUGUCGACGUCGCGCCGCCGCUCCUGCAGGAGAACCAGUAGUAGGGAUCGGAGGCAGGAAGCUGGAUGAGUGCCAUAUAUGUGAGCCGUUUGCUUGAGGGUUGACGCGCGUUUGUGUAAUAUUACUACGAGUAGUGAUCUUGUCUUGUAGUUGAAAUAUGUAUCAUAAUCAAUAAACUGAGUUGAGGAACUAACAGAUCUCAUUGAGUUGAA